ACGUCUUGCCGGAAAUGCUUUGACAUACAUUCCCAAGGGAGCAUUCGCUGGCCUUUACAGUCUUAAAGUUCUUAUGCUGCAGAAUAAUCACCUAAGACAGGUACCGAUGGAAGCUCUGCAGAAUUUGCGAAGCCUUCAGUCCCUAGAUCUAUCUUACAACCUGCUAGAAGAUUUACCCAGUUUCUCAGUCUGCCAAAAGCUUCAGAAAAUAGACCUGCGACAUAAUGAAAUCUAUGAAAUUAAAGUUGACACAUUCCAGCAGCUGCUUGGUCUCCGAGCCCUGAAUUUAGCCUGGAACAAAAUUGCCAUCAUUCAUCCCAAUGCAUUUUCCACUUUGCCAUCUCUAAGAAAGCUGGACCUAUCCUCCAACCGCCUGUCGUCUCUUCCUGUAACAGGGUUACAUGGUUUAACUCACUUAAAAUUAACAGGAAAUCAUGCCUUACAGAGCUUGAUAUCAUCUGAAAACUUUCCAGAACUCAAGGUUAUAGAAAUGCCUUAUGCUUACCAGUGUUGUGCAUUUGGAGUGUGUGAGAAUGUCUAUAAAAUAUCUAAUCAAUGGAAUAAAGAGGACAACAGCAGUACAGAUGACCUUUAUAAGAAAGAUGCUGGAAUGUUUCAAGUUCAAGAUGAGCGUGAUCUUGAAGAUUUCCUGCUGGACUUUGAGGAAGACCUGAAAGCCCUUCAUUCGGCACAAUGCUCACCUUCCCCAGGGCCCUUCAAACUCUGCGAAUACCUGUUUGGUAGCUGGCUGAUCAGAAUUGGAGUGUGGACCAUAGCCGUCUUGGCGCUUACUUGCAAUGCCUUGGUGACCUCAACAGUGUUCAGAGCCCCUCUGUACAUUUCCUCCAUAAAACUGUUGAUUGGGUUAAUAGCAGCAGUGAACAUGCUCAUGGGGGUCUCCAGCGCUGUGCUGGCUGGUGUGGAUGCGUUCACUUUUGGCAGCUUUGCACAGCAUGGGGCAUGGUGGGAGCAGGGCGUCGGGUGUCAGGUCGUCGGGUUUUUGUCCAUUUUUGCUUCGGAAUCAUCUGUUUUCCUGCUUACCCUGGCAGCCCUGGAGCGUGGGUUCUCUGUGAAAUGUUCUGCAAAAUUUGAAAGGAAAACUCCUUUCUCCAGUCUGAAAGCGAUCAUUCUGCUCUGUGCGGUGCUGGCCUUGACCAUCGCCACGGUUCCACUGCUGGGGGGCAGUGAGUUCAGCGCCUCCCCGCUCUGCCUGCCCCUGCCCUUUGGCGAUCCCAGCACCACAGGCUACAUGGUCGCGCUCGUCUUGCUCAACUCCCUUUGCUUCCUGGUGAUGACGAUUGCCUACACCAAGCUCUACUGCAAUUUGGAAAAGGGAGACCUGGAGAAUAUGUGGGACUGUUCUAUGGUGAAGCACAUCGCUCUGUUGCUCUUCACCAACUGUAUCCUUUACUGCCCCGUGGCUUUCUUGUCCUUCUCCUCCUUACUAAACCUCACCUUUAUCAGUCCCGAAGUAAUUAAGUUUAUCCUUCUGGUGAUUGUCCCGCUUCCUGCAUGCCUCAAUCCCCUUCUCUACAUCCUCUUCAAUCCCCAUUUUAAGGAAGAUCUGGGGAGCCUGGGAAAGCAAACCCACUUCUGGACAAGAUCGAGAAACCCAAGCCUGAUGUCUAUUAACUCUGAUGAUGUCGAGAAGCAGUCCUGUGACUCAACCCAAGCCUUGGUAACCUUCACCAGCACCAGCAUCGGCUAUGACCUGCCUUCCAAUUCUGUGUCACCACCAGCUUACCCGGUAACCGAAAGCUGUCACCUUUCAUCUGUGGCAUUUGUCCCAUGUCUCUAAUUCACCUGUGGGAGAAAACGUUUGCAAACAUUGAAAAACCAAAAAUAUGAGAUUGGGUACAUCAGAGCAGUAACUAAAAAUAGCCAAGUGGAAACUUUGUUUUUGAUAUCUCUCAGCGUGGAAAAAGCUGGAAAACCUGUUGAUACUGGAAAGUGAAAAAUAAGUCUAAAUGCUGCUUGUAUAAUUCAUUCAGAUACAAGAGAUAGAUCAGUCACACUGUUUAGGUAUGCCCAGAUUUUAAAAAGCAGAUUUGCAAUGUUCAAAAAAGAUUCUCCAUGAUUUCAACUGAAUUCUUUUUAAACUCACCAAUCUAAUUAUUUGGGGAGAGGGGCAGAACUACUUGCUUACAAAAGAGGUUUUAAACCAGAAAAGCCCUUAAAAGAUGGUUAGAGGUGUUUGGAAAAUAGGGUUUUAAAUGGCCUACAUUACCAAGUAAAGGCUGUGACCAGUAGGAUUGCAUUUUAAUGACCAUGUGGAUGUUUUAGUCCUCCUUUGCCUUUCCUCACAAAGGAUCCUUCCAGGUCACCAAUCCCCUCCUGAAUGGAUAAUGUGGGGCCUUCUUAGUUAUAGUCCUAUCAUUUUUAGAGAUGCCAGAAUUUGUGUAUCAGCAUGAGAUGGUUCCACCUCAGUGAAAUAAAACUGUCUACAAAUAUUUUGAAAGGAAAAUAAACUUAAAUCCUUAAAAUGCCAUGAAGGCGAUCAUGUAGAAGUGAGGUUUGCUUUGUUUAAUUCCUUGUUAACUCCUUGCUGUCCAGCACUCAGAAUAAAAGUCCAUUGCCGGCAAUGGAUAUACCUAGAAAAGAUGGUGAGCAACCUGGGAGGAUUUUGGUGUUUUUUGUUUGCUUGUUUGUUUUCAAGUGAGUGCACACUUUUUGCAGGUGGUUUUAUCAGUUGAUUCAAACUAAUGUGCAUCUUAAGGAAAUAAUCAAAUGCAGACCGACAUAAAUGAAACCCACUGGCAUAAUAACUUCUCACAUGUGUAUCUCUAGCAGCUCUAGCAAUGAUGUCUGAACCCACUUUGGACUCAACAGGGACUUGUAACAUAUCCUGUUUAUUUAGCUUGGUUUUAGCUGUGUUGUCUCUGGACCAACCCACUUGAUGUCAGGAACAUGACUUCUCUGCUUAUUCCGUAUGUAAUACAUGUGUUAAGUAUUUUAAGAAGCAAAAUUAUUAAAUACUAAAGGUCAAAGGAUUAAUUUGUAACUUCUAUUAUACUACAUUAGCUUCAAUACAUCUAAACCAAAAGACUGCUAGGUAGAUUUAUUUUUAUAUAAGCAUGUUUAUUUUGAUCAGAUGUUUUAACUUGGAAUUGAAAAAAAAUACAUUUAUGAGAUGUUUUAUAAGAUGUGUAAAUAUAGAACUGUAUUUAUUACUACAAUAAAGAUUCAGUAACACUAAGGACCAUGAUGAUAAUAAACCAUGUACAGUGGCAUAUUCUUCCGUAUAUAUUGUGUUUCUCUGCCCAUUUUCUUUAAAUUCAUUAACUGUACAUAAUAUGUGUAAAUGUAUAGUACUUGUAAAUAGAUUCCAAACUUGCUUUUCUAUUGGGUACAAAAUAAAAGAAAUUUGUAAUAAAAUGUGUGACUAUAAA